AUGCGUAUGCUGUGCUAUACCACCCCCCUGUUGGGCCUGGUAGUCUCCGCAACGUUCACCCUCCCACAAGGCUCCGGGCCUUACCACUCCAGCUUGACUAUUUACGAACUAACCGAUACCUCCCGUCUCGACCCCUUCAAUGCCACACACCUGCGCCGACUCAUGAUAUCGCGCUUCGACCCCAUCCUAGCAGAACAAUGCUCGCUCAUCACAACCCCAUACUUCUCGCCCGCAACCGCAGCAGAGGAGAACCAAAUCCUGGCAGAAUACGACUACCCCCCCAUCUUCGAUGACUUCAAUCUCGAGGAAAUCGCAUCACACGGCUUCGUAGUAAUCACAAUCGACCACCCGUACGAUGUCGACGUAGUCGAGUUCCCCGACGGGACCGUCAUCUACGGCGGGCGCGUCGACAAACCAACCGCGAAUUCCAGCGCGUCGGUCGAACACGCGCUGGAAGUGCGCGCGCGUGACGUAUCCUUUGUGCUGGACACGCUGGGCAGCAAGCUCGGCGACGACGUGGUCAUGUUUGGGCAUAGUUUCGGCGGCGCGGCCGUGGCCACGAGCAUGUUGCGGGAUCGCCGCAUAAGCGCGGGUGUCAAUCUCGAUGGGAUUAUGUUCGGGCCUGUUCUGCAGCUGGGGCUUGGGAAUGCGUCACUUCCGUGGCCAUUUGUGCUGUGGGGGAGCGAUGGGCAUGAUUCGUCGACUGAUGAGUCUUGGGGGUUGUUUUGGUCGGCGCUGGGUUCUUCUAUGUCGGCGGGGUAUAGGAAGGAGUUUACCAUCACGGAUAGUGCGCAUGGGAGUUAUUGGGAUCUCAAUGUCUUGGUGGAUGUGGCGGGCAUCCGGGAGGAGUUGAGCGAGACGGCGCAGUGGCUUAUCGGUCCUUUGCCUGGAAGUCGUGUGUGGGAAACGUUGGGGCGGUAUCUCUCGAGCUACUUUUUGUUUGCGCUGGGAAAGGUGCCAGAAGAUGGUAUACUCAAGGGUCCGAGCGAUGAGUUCCCGGAGGUUUCUAUACUUCGGGGAUGA